AUGGAACCACGUUGUGAAACAGUAAACUCUGACCGUUACUGUGAAACACUGCGAAAAUUGCGACGUGUCAUUCGAAACAAAAGGCGUGGAAUGCUUAAUGCAGGUGUUGUGCUCCUCCAUGACAAUGCUCGUCCACAUAUGGCUCGACGCACAGCAGCUGGUUUGACGAAAUUUGGCUCGAAGUUGUUUGAUCAUCCAUCCUACAGCCCUGAUCUUGCUCCCAGCGAUUUUCAUGUUUUCUUGCACCUCAAGAAAUUCCUCUCUUCCGGUGAGCGUUUUGGCAACGACGAAGAGCCGAAGAUGUCUGUCACACGCUGGUUCCAUUCACAGGCGGCAGAGUUCUAUGACAGUGGGAUGCAAAAAUUUAUCCCACGAUACGACAAGUGUCUCAUUUCCGGUGGUCGCUAUGUUGAAAAAUAG